UGCAUUGCGCGUAGCAGCCAACAUGGUGGCUGAACUGAAUGAAUGAAGCUGUUGAUGUUAUAAACUCAUCAUAUCUACUAUUAUUAUGAAUAUUAACGGCACCAGGAGGACAAACAUGGCACUCCACUGAAGCUGAACUCGGAUAAAGUUAUGUGAUGGCGUUCCCUGAGCCCAGACCUCAGGCUCCUCAGCUCCCUCAACACCUGCUCAGGACCAUCGACUGUCAGCAAGGAGCCGUUAGGGCUGUCCGCUUCAACGCUGACGGGAACUACCUGCUGUCUUGUGGCAGUGACAAAUCUCUGAAGCUGUGGAGCGUGAGCCGAGGCACGCUGCUGAAGACGUACAGCGGCCACGGAUACGAGGUUCUGGAUGCCGAUGGUUCCUUUGACAACAGCCAGCUGUGCUCCUGCAGCUCGGAUAAGACUGUGAUCCUGUGGGAUGUCGCCACGGGCCAGGUCACACGCAAACUCAGAGGUCACGCAGGGAAAGUCAACUGUGUCCAGUUCAACGAGGAGGCAACCGUCAUCUUGUCUGGGUCUAUAGACGGGACAGUCCGGUGCUGGGACACCAGGUCCAGAAGAUUCGAGCCCAUCCAGGUUCUAGACGAGGCUACGGACGGCGUCAGCAGCCUGAAAGUGAUGCAACACGAGCUGCUCACCGGGUCGGUGGAUGGCCGAGUGCGGCGCUACGACCUGAGAAUGGGACAGCUGCAUGUUGACUUCAUCAGCAGUCCAAUCACGUGUGUGUGCUUCAGUCAGGACGGUCAGUGCACUCUGAGCUCCAGUCUGGAUUCAACCGUCCGGCUGCUGGACAAGAGCACCGGGGAGAUGCUGGGAGAGUAUACGGGACACAAGAUGAAGGGCUAUAAGCUGGACUGCUGCCUGUCCAAUAAAGAUACCCACGUUCUGAGCUGCUCUGAGGACGGUCACGUCUACUGCUGGGACCUGGUGGAGGGAUCUUUGUCGUUGAAACUGCCGGUGGGGAAAGCCGUGGUCCAGUCGUUGUCCUUCCACCACACAGACACCUGCCUCCUCACAGCAAUGGAGGGACGCGUCCAGGUGUGGGGGGCGGAGCCCGAGGAGACGGAGGAGGAGGACGCCAUGGCCACGUAGAGACGGUGGAAGUAGUCAGAAGCUACGUGUGCAUGCUGAGAAGGUUCAUUUUUGAGCAAACUAUUAUAUUAGACAAAUACCAAGAAGUUAAACACAUAGUCAGACUUAAAGUAACACAGUUGAAGCUGCCAAAUGCAGGAAGGACAGCUGGCAAAAGAAGAAACUCCCGAUGUGCGAAUGCGUAAAUUAACAGGUUUAUUAAUUUAACGGAAUAUUUAAAAGUCAGAUAUAGUCGUCUAGAUGGGGCAGUGAUGUUAUAAAAGCUUUCAGAGCAUAAUGGAUGAUUAGAUUACAGUAGUUUAUGUUAUGAUAUUGAUAAUGUUGUGGCGUGUAUGACUAUUUCAGCCUUCUGUCAGCUGCGUCCCCGUCUCCGGCGGUGUGAAACGGACUUGAGAACGAGUAAAAAAAUAAAUAUAAAAACAUAAUCCAAAGCGGUAAACACCCUCAGCAUCCAGCCAGAUGUCCUUUCUGCAUCUGUCAGUUUAAACUGUGUUGUUUUUAGUCUGGAUUAUGACUGUAACGUCUUCGUCUUUGUGUAAUAUUAUCAUACGAUCGGCUCACCGAGCUCUGAUUGGUCAGUAGGCGGUGCAGGUUAGCUGUUCAGCAUCAGUUACCAUGGCGAUUUACCCUUCAGUAAAAAGUGAACCACCGCCGUAGGAAGAAACACCCUGAAGGGUUAAACCUGAAGUUACCUCACUAAUCCUGCUUCCUAGUCCAGGCCUCUGAUGGUGGCGAUCUUACUCCCACAUUUAGUUUCUGUGUCUGUGAACACACAGAUUUUCCUUGGAAAGGGA